UGUCAGUAACACAAGACACUUCACACUGUUGAGUGUAAGAUAGUGUACGGUGAUAAAGUUAUCUGGCUGAGCAACAAACACUGAACAGCAAAGAGACAUGGAAGCUGUACUUGGGUUGUUGCUGAUGCUCCUUGGAGUCUGUCACGGUGUGGAAACUUACUGUGAUGGCAGACAGAGUGGAGCUCAGUGUUAUGGAGCUUUGGGAGGAACUGUGGUUUUCCGGCUGAUGGACGACGCCUCAGAAAUACCUGGAUUUGUCUGGAAAAAAGAAACGAACAUAUUUAGAUGGAUAGAUAAUAAAAUUAGAUUAAAUGUAAUGAAAGACAGAUCUCUCUUUAUUCCCAGUAAUGGAACGUUAAGGAUCAAUAACAUAAACAGGGGUGACAGUGGUGAAUAUAAACUUGAAAUGUUUGAUUCACAAAGAAGAACAGCAGGAACAAGGACUCUCCAGUUUACUAUUGAAGGUGUGGAAACUUACUGUGAUGGCAGACAGAGUGGAGCUCAGUGUUAUGGAGCUUUGGGAGGAACUGUGGUCUUCCGGCUGAUGGACGACGCCUCAGAAAUACCUGAAUUUGCCUGGAAAAAAGAAACAAAGAACAUAUUUAGAUGGAUAGAUAAUAAAAUUAGAUUAAAUGUAAUGAAAGACAGGUCUCUCUUUAUUCCCAGUAAUGGAACGUUAAGGAUCAAUAACAUAAACAGGGGUGACAGUGGUGAAUAUAAACUUGAAAUGUUUGAUUCACAAAGAAGAACAGCAGGAACAAGGACUCUCCAGUUUACUGUUCAAGCUCCUGUGUCCUCUGUCCAGCUGGUCUCUGAGUGUCUGUCUCAGGGAGAGAUGAAGGUGUCCUGCUCCCCUAAUGGAGGGGGCAGUCUUCAGUACAGCUGGACUCUGGAUGGACACACACUGAGAGACACUGAGCUCCUCUCUGGAAACAAUGAGACAAACGUCAUCACUCUGAAACAAAAUGUCUCAGGACGUCUGGUCUGUUCAGUCAGGAAUCAAGUCAGUUCUGUCUCCAAAGAGGAGGACAUAUCUACCUGCGGUGUGGAAACUUACUGUGAUGGCAGACAGAGUGGAGCUCAGUGUUAUGGAGCUUUGGGAGGAACUGUGGUCUUCCGGCUGAUGGACGACGCCUCAGAAAUACCUGAAUUUGCCUGGAAAAAAGAAAGACAGAACAUACUCAGAUGGAUAGAUAAUAAAAUUAUAUUAAAUAAAAUGAAACACAGAUCUCUCUUUAGCCACAGUAAUGGAACGUUAAGGAUCAAUAACAUAAACAGGGGUGACAGUGGUGAAUAUAAACUUGAAAUGUUUGAUUCACAAAGAAGAACAGCAGGAACAAGGACUCUCCAGUUUACUGUUGAAGGUGUGGAAACUUACUGUGAUGGCAGACAGAGUGGAGCUCAGUGUUAUGGAGCUUUGGGAGGAACUGUGGUCUUCCGGCUGAUGGACGACGCCUCAGAAAUACCUGAAUUUGCCUGGAAAAAAGAAACAAAGAACAUAUUCAGAUGGAUAGAUAAUGAAAUUAGAUUAAAUGAAAUGAAAGACAGAUCUCUCUUUAUUCCCAGUAAUGGAACGUUAAGGAUCAAUAACAUAAACAGUGGUGACAGUGGUGAAUAUAAACUUGAAAUGUUUGAUUCACAAAGAAGAACAGCAGGAACAAGGACUCUCCAGUUUACUGUUGAAGGUGUGGAAACUUACUGUGAUGGCAGACAGAGUGGAACUCAGUGUUAUGGAGCUUUGGGAGGAACUGUGGUCUUCCGGCUGAUGGACGACGUCUCAGGAAUACCUCAAUUUGUCUGGAAAAAAGAAACACAGAACAUACUCAGAUGGAUAGAUAAUAAAAUUAUAUUAAAUGAAAUGAAAGACAGAUCUCUCUUUAUUCCCAGUAAUGGAACGUUAAGGAUCAAUAACAUAAACAGGGGUGACAGUGGUGAAUAUAACCUUAUAAUGUUUGAUUCACAAAGAAGAUUAACAAGAACAAGGACUCUCCAGCUGAUUGUUGAAGCUCCUGUGUCCUCUGUCCAGCUGGCCUCUGAGUGUCUGUCUCAGGGAGAGAUGAAGGUGUCCUGCUCCCCUAAUGGAGGGGACAGUCUUCAGUACAGCUGGACUCUGGAUGGACACACACUGAGAGACACUGAGCUCCUCUCUGGAAAUAAUGAGACAAACGUCCUCACUCUGAAACAAGAUGUCUCAGGACGUCUGGUCUGUUCAGUCAGGAAUCAAGUCAGUUCUGUCUCCAAAGAGGAGGACAUAUCUACCUGCGGCUUCAUAUUUAUUGACUGUAUGUCCAACGGGACACGCAUAUCAAUGUGGGUCCAUAAAGAAAAUAAAACCCUGUGUGAUGAACCAACAACAGUUACUGUGGGUAAGGACACAGAGUCACUUAAAACAUCCACUAAUAACUCUUCCUGCAAUCAAACUGUGACUCUCAGAGAAGGCUUCAUAUUUAUUGACUGUACGUCCAACGGGACACGCAUAUCAAUGUGGGUCCAUAAAGAAAAUAAAACCCUGUGUGAUGAACCAACAACAGUUACUGUGGAUAAGGACACAGAGUCACUUAAAACAUCCACUAAAAACUCUUCCUGCAAUCAAACUGUGACUCUCAGAGAAGGCUUCAUAUUUAUUGACUGUACGUCCAACGGGACACGCAUAUCAAUGUGGGUCCAUAAAGAAAAUAAAACCCUGUGUGAUGAACCAACAACAGUUACUGUGGAUAAGGACACAGAGUCACUUAAAACAUCCACUAAUAACUCUUCCUGCAAUCAAACUGUGACUCUCAGAGAAGGUUCCUCUCCAUUGCUCAUAUGUGGUUUACGUACAAUUGUGGUGAUUCUUCUAUUAAUUGGUAUUUCUGUCUAUUUCACAUGGAAAAAAAAGAAACGUGAAAAAGCUGAAAGAUCUGCUGUGAAUCUAGAGGACUCUGUUCUGAUGGUUGAAAUGAGACGUUCUGCAACUUGAAACAAUUACAGAUGUUUUUAUCAGUUUGUUGACUCAUCUUUGUAAAAACAGCGACAGACAUGAUAAUGUGGCGGCUUUGUGGGAGCUUUUUCUACUUUUAUAGGCUAAUGCAAAGCGAAAAUUUUCAGCUGUUUAAAAUGAAUGAUGCAUUAUAUUUACAGCCUUCAUGGGGUUUCACUCAGAAAAGACUGAGCUAUAUAAAGCUAAUUUGUUAACAGUAUUAAUGAAUCAACUGCUUUAAAUGAGCUGAUUUUCUGUAUUUAUCUAAAGAAAUCAGGAUUACGUUUGAUUUGUAAUUGCUUUGUUUAAAAUGCUUCUCUGUAACCCUGACCUUUUCAUCACACACUGUACUAAUAAACAUAAAGUCCAUCAUCAGCAGGUGUGAGGUUUCCCUCUACUGUUAAACUGGCGUUCGUCUCUUUUCUGGGUCAUUUUGUUAGGAAGCACGAACUCCGUAAGCUUCAUAUUAACCAUUGUGUGUAGAAAAGUAGCAAAUAAACACGCAUCAUUCAGUUUUUGUUUCCUUUAUUUAAAUUCACAAUAUUAAAAUCAGUUGUUAGUUUUGUGUGGAUUGUAUUCUGUCUUUAAGGAAGGUUUGUAUGAUUAUUCAGACAUUUUGUGAAGCAUUACUUUUCAGGCUGAGAUUUGUGGAGACCAUCUUGUCUUUGUUCAAUAAGGAAGCCCAUCUCAAAACAACUCUUACAGGAUAUGUGUAGAUACGUUCUCAGCUUUGAUUGGUUAAUGUGACUGAAUUAAUGAAAACUGUGGAAAUAAAAUGUAAUAACAUAAUUGAAAUAAGACUUUAAGAUUUUUGCACACUAUUUUUAAUUAUGUCUUAAUAUGAUUUUGUUUUUCUUUGUUCUUUUAUAUACCUUUUAUUGACCUUUCUGCAACCUGCUGUAAUGCUUUUAAUGUUCAAUGUAAAGUAGCUUUGAAUUGUCUUGUACAUAAAAUGUGCUACACAAAUCAUAUUGUCUUGCCUCAUUUUUGUUUA